UCUCACUUAUUCAAUUCAGGGGGUUGAAAAAACUUCCACCUCAGAUCACCAAGUCCUCAUGCCCUACGGACCAAUUUCUCACACUAACAUUGUACAGUUGUAGCUGAAAAAUUUGGGCCAUUGCUGCCUAACUGAAACAUGGUCAUUGAACAUGUAUGCUCGAAUAAAUGCAAGAAAGAAAUUGCAUGUAAAUGACGCUAUGCAGGGGGGAGGGGGAGUCCCAUAUAGAAAGGACGGGGGUGCUUGUUGCACCCUUUAGGGGUUAAAAAAAGCAGUUUUGGCACCUCCUAGGGUACUCAAUUCAGCCUCAAAAAGUCCACAAUGGGAGCUUUUAUACUACCUUUUAGGGUAUUGAGCCAAGAAAAUAUGAAAAGAGAUAUUUGACAAUCAACUGAUUUUUAAUUUUGGUCUCAUUUACACCAGAAAUUCACAACUCAUCAGUAAAAGUGUGUAGUCAGUUAAUGUGUUGGUUUAGAAUUGCUACCUCUUAGGGUUGAAAAAUUUCAAGCUACGCCCAUAGGAUCCUGGUACUUUCUAGGGAUUUUUCUCAAAAGUUCUGACGAGUACCCUCGUCCUUUUUAAAUGGAAUUCCCCCUCCCCCACCCCCACCCGGGUUACGUCAACUAGAGGUUGUUAUGUAAUACUUCCUAGACUUGAUCGGAGUAGUGUUCGAAAUGUGUUUGGGUACGCCUUCGGAACGGCAUACCUUCUGAAAUGUUUAGCUAUGUUUGGGUACAUAUGCGUGUAUCUUAAGCUAUCUAUCAGAUCAUUAGGUUUUCUAAUAUAUUUCGAGAGUGCUCAGGACACUCGAAAAAAGUUGCAGAAUCGUCGAAGGGAAAUUCCUGUCCCUCCCGUCCCUGACAGUAUCAGUUGGUCAUAAAGAUGGCGUCUGUUUCUGACUUUGUGCCGGUGAGAAGAGAGCUGAUAAAGAACACUCCUCCAAAACCGUUCCUUAUCGGAGUUGCUGGUGGAUCAGCUUCUGGAAAGUCAACAGUUUGUUCUAAAAUAAUGGAACAGCUGGGUCAGGAUGGAGUAGAAUCAAGAAGAGUCGUGAUUGUCAGUCAGGACAGCUUUUACAGAGAACUUUCGGAAGACGAAGCUAAGGAUGCAAAAGUGGGAAAUUUUGACUUUGAUCACCCAGAUGCUUUUGAUUAUGAGAUGACGCUUGAUACUCUGCGGAAAGCUAAAGCUGGUGAAACUGUUAAAAUACCAAUAUAUGAUGCUGUUAAUGCUACAAGACAAAACGAGUCUAUCACAAUAUAUCCUGCUGAUGUAAUACUCUUUGAGGGGAUCUUAACAAUCUAUUUCAAGGAAAUUCGUGACAUGCUUGAUAUGAAGUUAUUUGUUGACACAGACAGCGAUACCAGAUUAUCAAGAAGAGUGUUACGAGAUACUCAGGAGCGAGGAAGAGAUCUUGAGCAAGUGUUGGCCACCUACGCAAAUUUUGUUAAGCCAGCAUUUGAGGAAUUUUGUCUUCCAACAAAAAAGUAUGCUGAUGUGAUAAUACCAAGAGGGUCAGAUAACACAGUGGCCAUUAGCCUCAUUGUACAACAUAUAAAAGACAUUUUAAAUGGAAACAAAAGUGGCAAGCAAGAUGGUGACCCAGGGCGUCGACAAAGACACCUUUCUGAUUCAAGUAUGACAAUUUCAUCCAGGCCACACUGAUGACGUGGAUUUUACCUGGAAGAGAUGAUCUAUUCCUGAUAAUAAUAAAUUAACCAUCUUUAAAAUAGGCCAAUUUCGAUAUUUUAAAAUUCUAAUGUGGCUCUGAGGCUAGGGGAAUAAAACAAAAGGAAUGACAUCAAGAUACAGGGAUCGAUAAUUAAUAAUGCAUUGGUGUUAUUCCCUGAAGCCUUGGG